CAAUUGACUCAACUCCCUUCAGACGGGACACGUUUUAUUAUGUAGUGUGUGCAGUUUAAUAGAAAAACUUUUCUACGUAUAUAUACAUAUAUACAUAAAAUUGUGGGUGAGUUGGGUGUCCCGGUCACGGCGCAGCCACGAAACCACUAUACCUGCGUUCGCGAAUCUGUGUCACGCCGGGUAUUGGGGGUGCAAACCCCCAACGCAUUCCGGCGACCAGUGCACUUCCACCCUCAUGAGGGUUCACCGCCUGCAAAAUUGUUCGCAUAGUCAGAAUUGUUUUUUUUCCUUUUUAUUUUUCAUUUUGCAAAUAUUCUCCGCUUAUCACCGCCAAAUAUUCUGAGACCAAAAUAAUGCAUCUGCAUUUAUACUCAAUGAGACAAUAAAUACGGAUAUUCACUCAUUUAAUAUUGAGAUUUAAAAAUUUUCGGGACCAAGAAAAAACUCCAUCCAAUAACGGAUUUUAAAAAUACAGAGAAAAUAUAUAUAUAGAGAAUAAUGUUCAAUUUAUAUCAGAAUUUUAGUAAAAAUAAAGAUGACUAUGAAUAUCAUAGGGAAACAGAGGUGACGGGUCACGAUAGAUUUUGCCAGGAGAGACCGGGAACGAGAAAAAAAAGAAAAAAUGUUGGUCGACGAACACAAAGUGCUAUUGAAUUGGAUUCGGGUGCAAUGUUAACUGCCAGAGGUGUUCUUCAACGUGGACGAAGUGCAAGCAUCGAGGAGGAUGAUAGCGAUGAUGAAAAAAAUUAUCCACUCACCAAUAAAAUUGAUAGUCUAGCGAAAAUUCUAUUUAAUCGUGUUUCAUCUGCACGUGGCUGUCGUGAAAAUGAAGUCAGAAACGGAAAGCAUCAAUACACUGCCUUGGGAAAUGGAUCUUCCGGUUGUGACGAUGUUGGAGAAUAUGUGGAAAUGGAAAAGCGAUCGAGAGAUCGUGCCCUAUCGAUUUGCACCACUUACAUUCAUGGAACUUCUCGCUACAAUUUACUAAAACAGCUCAACAAUAUUGGCUCUCGAAUGGAUAAACAUUGGUUUAUUGUCAGAGACACUUCAUUGAAAACAGAUAGAAUUUUGACUUUAACUCCACUCACGAAAAACUGUCCAGUAGAAAUUACACCGACAACGAAAGAAAUACUGAAUCAUCUUUUUCUUGUUCUUCAACAUCCCUACAUUUCACCAGUGCUAAAUAUUGAAUUCAUCGAAUACGAGGGAAUGAAUUACUCGAUUCUUCUUCAGCCAAUAAAUCAAGGAAGUCUCAAGGAUUUAAUUUACGGGAUUGAGAGAAACUGUUGGAAUGAGGAUUGGGGUCAAAAAUAUUCAGCUCGAGGCAAGGGUCUUCCUUUACCCCAAAUCCAGCAAAUGGGUCGGCAAAUCCUUGAGGCACUUGUCUUCUUGAAAGAACGUGGAUUUCCAACAGUCACUCAUUUACAUUCUGGCAAUGUUGUUGUUCAAAAUGGAGUUGCUCGUCUCGCGGGCCUAGAAAAUACACUUCUCGGCUUCACAAGUCGAACUCACACGAUAAUCACUUCGAGAUUAGUGCAUCACAAUUCUAUGGACACUAUUUGUUUUGGUCACAUGCUUUUUGAAAUGUGCACUGGAUACGAAUUAUGUUCCUUUAAACCCUCUUCAGUUCACUUCACGGAUCUUCAGAAAUAUCCUAAAGUGAGUAGAUUUUUGAAAUAUUUAUUCGAGGGACCUCAAUAUCCGAGUGUCGAGGAACUUAUCGUUCACGAUCUUUUCAGAAAUAUCGACCUUCGUGAAAUGCGAAGUGCUCCAGUUACAAUAUUUCGUCCAACUCUGACACCAUCAAUUGUAAAUUUACUCGAUGGCAUCAAGAGAUCAAAUUCAAGCACGCGCAGACAUAGGCAUAGGUCACGAUCACCAAACCAAGUUUUAUUAAUGCGCAGAUAUUGAAUUUCAUCACUCGACAGUGACGAUAUGAUUUCUCUAAAAAGUCCAGAGACGGAAUUCAAUAAAGAUUCGUUGCUUGCUCAUAUUUACAACGAGCUUUCAAACACAACUAUUUAAAGAAGAUUACAAAAAAAAAAAAAUAAGAAACGGGAACAAUUUUCUUCUGCUUCUACUUCUUUACCUCUACUUAACUAAGUGCCAAAAUUAAAACAAAAGCGAACGACAUUUGUAAAAGAAAAAAGACUCGAAACUGCGAUUCUAAUCACUUUAAAGUUUAAACUAUAGGAAAAAUUAUUUAACUACUGAUGAAUCUUAACUUGAAAGGAAAAAAAAAAAAUAUAUAUAUAUAUAUAUUAAAAAUUAUAAAAUAAAAUAUCUAUUCGUAAAUUUAUAAACGUCCUGAUAUUAUACGUCAAUCAAUAAAUCUACACUGUCUUUAAUUUUCA